AGUAAUUGCUGUUUGUGGGCUGCGGCAACAUAUGUUGAGCGGAGCAAAUAUAUAUAAAUAGAGAGGGUGCAAAAAUACACAUUGCAAGCGUGGAGCAGAACAAGCAGCCCUCUUUUGCCCCCUUUCUCCUUCUAUCUUCUUCCCAUUUCAAGAAAAACUUAGGGUUAGGGUCUGCGUUUCUUUCAUUUUUUUUUCCUUCCGUUUUUGUGAUUGUGAAGAGGGAAAUAUGCAGCAGACUCCACAGUUGAUGACCAUCACCACUGAGCAGAUUCAGAAGUGCCUGGACGAGAAUAAACAGUUGAUUAUGGCAAUACUGGAGAAUCAAAACCAGGGGAAGUUCGCUGAGAAUGCCUCGUUUCAAGCUCAGCUGCAGCAGAACCUAAUGUAUCUAGCUAAAAUUGCUGAUGCACAGCCACAAGCACCAACAACAUCUUCUCAGAUGCCUCCACAGUCUGCAGUGCAGCAAGAGCAAUACGUUCAGUGUGCACAAGCUGUAAUGGCUAAGCAACAUCCAGGUUUCUUAGCUCCGAAGUUGCCUUUCCAUUUGAAUGACCAGCAGCAGCAAACACAGCAGCUGAUGUAUCUCCAACAACAGCAACUCAACCAACCACAAAUGGGCUUAAGAUCUGCUGCCCCUAGUGGUACUUAUCAGGGCGUGCAAAGUGGGCUUGGAAACAAUUUCAUGAACGUUCAAGCAAUCAAACAGGAUAGCUCAGAAGAUGGUGCUGAUGAAGGCCUUCAAAACUCCGCCUAUGGACAUAACGCAACAGAUACUGAGAGCAUGAGGCUUAAAUGAUGUUAACAUGGCUAAUACCCUGGUGUUUAUAUUGUGUAGAGCUCAUCCGGUACUUCCCUGCCUCAAAUCAUCUGAUUGCAUUUUGCUGUCAUUUUUGGUGCUACGGAAAAUGAGGAAGAAAGUGGUAUGGACAUAUCUCUAAUACAUGUGGAGAGCUAACUUUGUGUUUUUUGUCGUCUCUUUGACUUGAGUUGUAUUGCGCACAUGAAUCUCUUGGCAACACAUUGGGUAUGAAUAAAAAACUCUUUUAAGCUUCCUAGGUUGCAUGGAUAAU